UAGGGCACACCAAUGGGCUCGACCCGUCGCCGGGUUACCUUUCCCGUCACAUCUGGGACUUCAUUUCCGGUGAUUUCGUAUUUGUGGAACCUCCACAGUCUGGCCUGAAUUUAAUACAGAUCGUCGAUUUCCGGAGUGGAGGGGCACUUAUAGGUGAACGACCAAUCCUUUUUCAGUGGUUUAACAGCAUAGUUUGAUUCUAUUAUGCGUGAUGAAAAGCUCUUCUAGUUCUCGCAAAGACCUUACGGUUUUCGAUUUCAAAGAAGAAGACGAGGUCAUUGAAUCGUUAUCUGGACGAUUCAUGGGGAAAUUUAAUAACUCCGACACCGUCACUCCUCCAGUUACGAAGUAUCAGUUCCUCCAAUGCUUUGCAGGAGGAACUAAUACCGAACAGACAGAAAUCAGUAAUGCUUCAUGUGUAGAAGUUGAUGCAAGUGAUAGUGAUCGAAAAUGCAGCAAUGGCAUUUCACAUGUUUUGGAUGUAGCUGAAGUUGACUGUGCCAUUGGAAGAGAAAGUUCUGGCUUGGAUGGUCUUCUGGCGUCGAAUUCUAUGAAUUAUGAACCACCUAAUUGCAAUAAUACAGAUAAUGAUGAACCCAAAAGUCUUUCUGUUGGUUUAAACUCCCUUCCAGUGAGACCUUUGAGUCUGGGGUUACCUUCAUCUGGAAACAAACUGUUUGAUUCCACACAUUUGAAGCCUUUAUCCAAUGGCGAGCCAGUUGAUGUGUUAUCAGAUGAUGAUAAUAGCAUGAAAUCUUGUUCACCACCAACUUCCCCUGAUCUUGUUGAGAAUGAAGUUUCCUGUGAGGAGCCAGUUUCAGAUCAUUGUUCUGGUGGUUGGGAAAUGGAUCCUAUAAAUAUGGAUGUUGUUAUUUCCCCUGACUAUGUUACAUAUGGGGAUGCAUAUUGUACAGAAUCUGUGUUAAUUUUUUCUUGCAGUUGCAUCAAGUUUGAGAGCUCAACUGCAUAUGGCAACAAAGAAUGGGCAAUUGAUGACAUCAUUGAUAUUGAGUCUCAUUGGUGUGGAAGGGUUGAAACAGCUAUGGUUAAGCUCUGUCUAAAAUCAACUGGUUCACUAGGAGAUGAAAGUGGACGUGAAACUCCAGACAUCUUGGAGUUGGUUUUUGUGCUCUCUGACCCUAACUGGUCUGAGAAACAGGAAAAGAUCACUUCAUUAAAUGAAAGAUACAAGGCUAUCUGGAACGUUGUGCUUGAUACUGAUUUGGUGAGGGAAGAAGAUUUUGCAGAGCAAAACAGCAUGAUAUCUUCAAAACACUACUUUCCUAAUUUUGAUGAACCUUUUGAAGAUGUUAUCUAUCCAAAAGGGGAUCCUGAUGCUGUUUCUAUUAGUAAGAGAGAUGUUGAACUAUUACAACCAGAGACUUUCAUCAAUGAUACUAUAAUCGACUUCUAUAUUAAAUAUUUGAAGAAUAAAAUCAAACCUGAGAGCAAACAUAGGUUCCACUUUUUUAAUAGUUUUUUCUUUCGAAAGCUGGCUGAUAUGGACAAAGAUCCAUCUAGUGCUUCUGAAGGCAGGGCAGCUUUUCAACGUGUUCGGAAAUGGACAAGGAAAGUGAAUCUCUUUGAAAAAGAUUACAUCUUCAUUCCUGUAAACUUCAAUCUUCAUUGGAGCUUGAUGGUCAUCUGCCAUCCUGGUGAAAUAGUCAAUUUUAAAGAUGAAGAUCUUAUCAAGGCCACGAAGGUACCAUGCAUAUUGCACAUGGAUUCUAUCAAAGGAAGUCAUAAAGGCCUCAAGAAUCUUGUUCAAAGCUACCUUUGGGAAGAGUGGAAAGAAAGGCAAAAGGCACUUGAAGAUGUUUCAGAAAAAUUCCUUAAUUUGCGGUUUAUUCCACUGGAGCUGCCACAGCAGGAAAAUUCAUUUGAUUGUGGCUUGUUCCUGCUCCACUAUGUGGAACUGUUUUUGGAGGACGCUCCAGUCAACUUUAACCCUUUCAGGAUAACAAGGUUCUCCAGCUUUCUUAGCAUGGACUGGUUUCCACCUUCCGAGGCUUCUCUCAAGCGCGCACAUAUCCAGAAACUGAUUCAUGAAAUCCUUGAUGAUCAGUCUCAGAAAGCACCUUCAACUUUUUGUGGUGAUGAGCAUCAAUCCUUCAAGUUCAUCGAAAAAAAUGACACUGAAAAUACAAUGGAAUUUGUCACUGAGAAACACAGUCCAGCAAAGACAUUUCAUGGUAAUUCAUCUUGUUCCACUGCUGAACAAGGAAUUGAAAUCAAGUUGUUGGCUUCGCCAUCUCUUGGUGGUGUUCAAUGCAGCAAAGAUUCAGGAUUAGUUUUCAGGGAGUUGUUUGAGCCAGGAGCUAUCUCUGGAUCAUAUCCUGGUGGACAAUAUCGACCUCUUGAUCAGAUGGACGCUUUUCAGAGGUUCAAAUCUUCUAUGCCGUCAAUAGAGGAGGAUGCUGAAACUGGCAAACAGUUUAUGUAUGCACCAUCAGGUGAAGCUUGUCACCCACUGGCAGGAAUGACAAAUGAAGCUUGUUCAACCUCAUAUUUCUCAAAAGAUUUUGAAACAUCAGAGACACUUUGGAACCCAAGAAUCUGCAUGGAAUUGGAUGAAGAGGAAGAUGGAGGCUCAUCCCCUGAUUCUUCUGGUUGUGUAUCACAAUAUUCAUCAGAAAUAGGUGUGGAUGAUGAGCAUUGUCAAAUUAGGGAUUUUGUUGGUCUAAAUCAGCCAGAGGGGACAGAAGUAGAGAGGCCAAGAUCAGUCUCACCAGAAAACAUUGGGUGUGUCACAGGAAGCCCAGGUUCAGACUCUAGUGGGAGGUUGGAGGCUUGUGUUGUUGAGGAUGGGAGGUUGGAGGCUUGUGUUGUUGAGGAUUCUCAAGAGGUGGUGGAUAGAAUGGAUGAUAGCUAUGAGAGCAAAGGAUCCCUCCCCUGCCAAGAAAAUCCCCUUGACCCACCCCACCAAGAGGUUGCGUCAGCUGAACAACUGGGUUUCAUAGGCAAUGAUGUUGAAACGAGUGCUGAUGAUUCAGAUUCAAAUGAAAAGCAAUCUGCAAAAAGGCCUAGGCUCAUGCUUCCCGUCGAAGAGGAACGGUGAUGAUCAAGUUACCUGUCUCGUUUAGCAUUCAUGAUAAAAGUCCAAGGUUCCUUUGUUAAUUGUUGGGGGUUUGGCAUUCUAGAUUUCUGGUGGGGUCAUUGAUAUGCCGUCUUGUGAGUUAUCUGGUGCGGCUCUAUGUUGAGAAGGGUCGGAGGGAGUUAGUCAUAAGAUAUUAAAAUGGCUAAUUAGGUUAAAAAAAUAGACAGAAGCAGUUGCGUGUGUAGCAUUUGCACUUUGAAGUUGUAGGGUGGGGGGGGGGUAAUAUUUCUUGUACAGUUUUAUUCAGUGGGCCACUGUAAUUUCGUCUUUUUACAUACAUUCCUUGAAUAUUGAUCCAGUCACACUUUCGAGC